UUCGUAGCAUCCACCAUCUUGGACACGACAAAGUAGUGUAGGUUUCACUCUGUAUUUCGUGUUUUGGCUCCAGCAAUUCAAACAUGAGUCGCAAACAAACUCCAAGUGAGUUCCUAAAGCAAAUCAUAGGCCGUCCUGUUGUGGUGAAGCUCAAUAAUGGCGUUGAUUACCGAGGUAAACGAGAUUUGUUUUUAAUCGCACAUUGAAGUGUUUUAUGAUGCAUGUGUAGCAUCUAGAAUAACAGCGUUCAAAUUCAGAAAAAAAUUAACGUUUUUGUGAUAUUUUAUAAUAUCUCACAUAUAUCGAAGUUAUCCUUAUUACUCAUCCCGUACACUCUCAACAGCUUGUGGCUCACUUUUUUGCAUCUGGCCUGUUCUAUUUAAUUUCAGGAUGUAAAUUAAUUAUAAAAACCCUCUAAUGAAUUAAAAAACAAAACAAAACAAAAAGAGAGAAAAAAAAGUAAGGCCAGCUACAAUUAUCACUGUUUGCUUGAUGUCUAAUAUUGUCAAUUUCAACAGUUUUCUUAUUUCAGUAUCACUCUUAGGUUCAAUUCUUUUGAGAAUUAAUUAAAUUCUUUCUGAAAGAUUCAUGCCUCUUCAGAGAAGAAUUUGUAAGUUCAGAUUCUUUGUUCUCAGAGAAGAACUGUGAUUGUUAGGAGAAGAAAUCAGUUUCUGGAGGAAAGAACUGUGGUCCACCCUCUAAGGUUAAGGUUAUGUAAGGAAUUCCUAUGAAAAGAAAAUCAUUUAUUUCAGAUUUUAGUUGGAAGAGUCCUGGAUUUUUUUUUUCAAAAGAAAACAAAAUGCUUUUGACAAGAACCAGGCAUUAAGGUAUUCUUCUGAAAAGAAACAUUGCUUACCUUGAAAGAUGUAUUAUUUGAUUCAUUACAGCAGAAUCUCACAUUUCACAAGUUUAUCAGAAGAAUUACUCUUCUUCUCUGAAGACCCAAUAUUUGUUUGGAAGAUCAUCAUUUUGUGAUUCUUCUUUAGGGAAUAUCUCCCCUUCACUCAAGAAAGGGUAUUUGUCUUUUGAAAUAAUAGUAAAGAUCUUUAUUCUUCUCCAGAGGUUGACCUUGCUUUCAUUGGUAAAUACUCAAAUACAAAAUGAUUUUUGUUGGAAAAAUCUUUGUGCUCCUCUAAAGACUGAUCAUUCUGUUGAGUAGAUUUAUCUCAAAUGGGUUUUUUUAAUCAAUAAAACAAUUGCUUUUUUUUCACCUAGCAGAUUAAAUAUUAGAAAUAAUUAAACAUCUUUGUGUUGUAAUAAAUUUAUCAUGAGCUAAAUAGGACAGAGCUGAGUAAAGCCUCUGCCUGUCACAACACUUGUGAUGCCUGAACAACCAUUUUGGUAAAAACAAGAGAGUGGUAAUUUUUAAGACAAGCAACUUUAUGUUGAUGAGUAUUUUUGAAGCGCACAUAUUUCCCUAGAAGUAGCAAAACCUAAAAAAAUAUAUCUUUGUGAUCAAACUAUAACAUUUUUGGGCAGAAUUACAACAAAUAUUCUAAGAUUAAGCCAUGGUGUUUCUCAGAUAAUUUGUGGCUCUUUAAAAGGACAUUCUAUGGUUAUACUUUUUUCCUCAUGGCAAGACCUUAGUGCAGUCUAAUAUGAAGUUUAUGUAUGGACCUAAAAUUCACCCACUCACUCACAUAUUCACCUACCCCAUUCUAAUCUUUUAGACUUUUAAUUUUUUUUUAUUAAAAGUAGGAUUUAACCAUUAUAUCCCCUGCUUCCCCUUUUGGGUUCUCUGCUGUCCCCAAAGUUGGGCUAUUGUAUAUUCUGUUCAAAUAUGUGGGGGGUGGGACAAAGGCCAAAAUUUUUCCCAGAGUACAUCAAGUUGAACAUAAUUGAAAAUGGUGUCUUUCAUGUUGGGCCUUUGCUAAAAUGAUAAAGGUGUGUUUUCCUUCUUUUUGCUCCAUGCUUGAGCAAACUACACCUUUGUACAUAUACUAUAGACCUCACAAAUGAAGAGCAAACCUGGAGAAGAUUACUCAACUGAGAGAAAUAGGCUUUCAUAAGUAUCAAAAUUGACAAUGACAACAGUUGCAACAAUCUAUUUGUGAAAAAUAUUUUGUGUAUAGCAGAAGCAAUUUAAACUCUUGUUUUCAGAUUGAUUUUUGCUUAUCUGCUUGGUUGUCAUUUGGCUAUAUUUCAAAAAUAUUUAGCAGCUGAUUUGAGCUUUUAUGGAUUUCAUUGGAUUUGACCAGUUUCUAUUUGUUACACAGUUACCUUGUAAGCUAUUUGUCCAGCUAUGUGAAUCUUAUGAGUCAGAUUUUUUGUGUGCUGUUGAAUUUGGUUACUUCCUUGUGCAAUAUUAAACAUGUCCAUCAUUCUCCCAUAUUUUUUUCCUGUUUGGCCAUCAAUUUAUUUGACUUUUAAAAAAGGUUGUGUUGAAGCCUCGCCAUUAGGAUAUUGUUAGGUAUAUUUCUACUGUUAGCACUGCAGCAAAAGCUUUUAAAGUUAGUAAUAAAAAGGUAGUUUAAGGGCAAGUCACAAAAUAUUGGAGAUGGCAAACGGCUAAAGUUCUCAUCACCCAGUUGAAUAAUUAAGACAUUCCAUGAGGUAGCUCCAAGGAGCCUUUGAUUGACAUAAUGUCUAUUGGUGUUUUUCACUGUCAUGCAAUUGAAAUCUAAAGUCAAAAGUACUGAAUGCCCAACUCCAAGAGAGCUAUUGUCGGUAGAAUAUAGAUAUACAACUUGCCCCAAGUUUCAGGAGUGUAGGGUCUUAUGUGUAACACAAACAUUUGUUGUCUUGUUUCACCACUAAAAUGAUUAAUAUUUAUCCACUGUGAACUCACAAAUGUUCAUCUAAACACAUUUGAUUAAAUGAUCAGAUAACAAAAUGUUACACUUUAAAAUCAUAUUUUUCAUACGAAGCAGCCUCUCAGGCAGCUAUUCCUACAUUGAAUAAAUAUGAAAUUUGAAUGGCUCUAUUUUCAAAACGGAGAACCCCACAUUGCUGAAACUGCUUUCUAAAAGGUUAAUGUUUAGCAGAAAUUUUGUAAAACUGCAGCAAUAGCCCCUGUCAUUUUGAAUUUUUGUUAUUAAUGUUACAUGAAAACCAAGGAUACUUGAUAUGUCUCAGUCUGGGCAGAAAAACUGCAAUUUUUCCAAAAUUUCACAAUUUUACUAUUAAUGAUAUAGUGUUGCUAUGGUUUCACAUCUGAGUUUGGAAAAGUCUUUGAUCUGCAUGAGUGGUUUUAUCUCUAUUGUUUAUAGUCAUACUUUAAUUUAAGGUUUUUAUGUUUGCAGAGAGGUACAUAACUAUUGCUAUCUGUGUUUUCUUGCAGGAGUGCUUGCCUGCCUUGAUGGUUACAUGAACAUUGCUCUAGAACAAACAGAGGAGUACGCUAACGGGCAGGUAAGGAAAAUUUCAUUUACAUAUGCAAGUUCUCAUAUUUAAGAUAAGUGUUACUGUAGUUCUUGAACUGUUUUAGUUCAUAUUUAAAAUGACAAAACUAAAAAAACUUCUACAAAUUUUUUAUAUAAUUAAACCAUUUGAGCAUGUUGUAGAUUUGAGGACUUGUAAUCCUUUUGACAAGGUGGCAUAUAAUAUUAUCCUUGAAUUUCAUCAUAUUUAUAGAAAUUGUAGCAUUAUUACCAAAUUAUCAAAAUGCCAAAACAUGAUAGGGAAAAAAAAUGUUCAUACAACAAUGACAUGUAGAGUAGAUGAAGAUAAUACCAUUGUGGGUGUGAUGGCCUAAUUGAAUUAACAUCGGUUUGCACCAUUGUAAAUCAGUAUUGUAAGGGACUUUCAAAAGCAGGAUCAAACAAAGUUAUUGGCAAUCUGAUGAUUUUAGGUAGGAGAGGAUAAGCUUUAGGACUUGAGCUGAUUUCACACUUGUUCUCCUGAAGGCUCCAUCACUUAAUUAAAAUUGUUAUCAAGCUGUUUUUCAAUGUUAAAUCCUAAGGGAACCCCUGUACCUUGUUCUUCUGCCCCAGCCCUCCCUCCUAGUUUCACAAUAGAACUUUCAAAACAUUACUGUCUAAAAUGAACUUUUAUCCUGUGGCUUGUGAGGCAUCCUUUCUUCAAUUGGACUUCCAAUAAGGAGGAAGGAUGAAUUCACUCAGAAGUAAUUAACAUGUAACUUGUCCUUAUAAUAUCAAUUUUGUUAUCUGGCAAAUGGAUAAUGAGAAUACUCAAAUUUUUCAAAGGUAGAAGAUGUUAUCUUGAUUUACACUGAAACACCAAAUUAUUGAUUGUAAACUAAUUUACCAUGAAAUAUGUGGUAGCUAGAGGGGAGAAUUAACAAUCUUGGGAGUUUAAGGGUGAAAAAAAAGGAAUUCUUUGACCACGAAGGAAAUGUUAGGUGUUCAAAAAUUUCUAUAGGUAAGUUGGUUAACAAACAUUGCAGGGUAACUGGAUUCUUUCUGGAGUCUAUUGCUUAGUUUCAACUGAUAUUUUGAUGUGCAGCAUGCCAAUUAAUUUGAUGUAUUCACUUAUUUUUCAGUUGAAAAACAAAUAUGGCGAUGCUUUUUUGAGAGGAAACAAUGGUAUGUAGCUGUCAGGAUCUUUUACCCCAUUCCCACCAAAGCUCAAACACGUUUAAAAGCUGUUUUAUCAAAGCAGGUCUGAAAUUUUGAUCCCGAUAGAAGCUGCAUAAACUGCUGUUUGUCAGCUUCAAAUUAAACAUAUUGAAAAUAAAAGGUUUAACUUGACUUCUUGAACCCUAUGGAAAAUUCAGUAAAUUUCUAGUACUCUGUUUCUGAUUUUCAUUCAGUUAAACAAGCUUUGCUGGUGUGAAUGGGGUAUAAGUCUGUUGAAAGGACACUCCUCAAUUUUGAAAGUAAAAAUUGACUGAGAGGGAGAAUGUAAUAGACCACUGAUUUUUUCAAAAGGAUACAACAACAACAGAAAGUAUUAACCCUUAAACUCCCAUGAGUGACCAAGACAGAAUUUCUCCUUACAGUAACAAUACAACAUCAGCCAGAUAAGUGAUGAGAGUGAAAAAAAAUAUUAAUUUGGGGAUAAUUAGUUGAUCCAGUACUAAAUUCUCUGAACUAACACUGUAAGAACUGUAUGGUUGACAGUAAGGAGAAUGACAAAUUUGAUCUGGGAGUUAAAGGGUUAAACUGGUGAAAUAAGUAUGUAAACAAUGGUAAAGUUUGGCUUAGCACUACUAUGUGUUUUGUUUUUUUGUAUCCAAUAUGAUUUCCCUUUUGUUCAUGUUCUACCACUCUUUAAGCAGCAAGAAUUUACAUUAAAACUCUUUAUUCAUGGUGUCCACCAUUUAACCCUUUCACUUGUAAGAUCUCAUUGGUAAUUCUCCUUAGUGACUGCUAUACAAUUAUUGUAAUGUCAGUUCAGAGAAUUUGGUAUUAAAUCAACUAAUGAUCCCCUAAUUGACAUUUUUCUUUAUUCUCAUUACUUCUCUGCUUGAUAUUGUGAUGAUGUUGUAAGGAGAAAUUCUACCGUGGUCACUCGUGGAGGUUAAAGGGUUAACCCUUUAAUUCCUAAGAUCUCAUUAAGAAUUCUCCUUACAGUCUGCCAAAUGAUUCUCAUUAUGUUAGUUUGGAGAAUUUGGUAUUGCAUCAAUUAGUAGUUCCAUAAUUGGUAUUUUUCUUUAUUCUCAUCACUUGUCUGCACAAUAUUGUAGAGAUAUAGUAGGGAGAUAUUCUUUCUUGAUCACGCACGGAUUUAAAGGGUUAAGUUAGGUACGUUACUGAUGUUCUGUAUUCCCUUUUCAGUGUUGUACAUCAGUACACAAAAGACAAGCCGAAGAUGACAAC